GUUUAAGUUUACAAGUCUUUUAAAAUGUAAAUUAGCGAAGGUAGAGCGUAUCGUAAACAGGAAGUAGUUUAGGUUUGCUCAGACAGAGGGGAUCCUCAAGAAUUUACUUGAGUGAUAGUUAACUCUGGUCAAAGGUAUCCGCUAUGGAGGAUGCUUCUGGGCCCUUGCCACACCAGGCUAAACCAGAUGAAAGAAGGGAGGACUAUCACAUGGACUUUCAGAAUGAAAUGUAUGAGCGGAUGCCUCCCUCCAGAGCCCCCAGCGGUGUUGGGGAUGAUUCGGGAGUGGGAGACGGGAGUGAACCUCAUGGCGGACUGAUUGAUGAUCUCCUGGGACCUCAUUUUAGAAGCAGAUACCGAGAUUCUGGAAUCCACAUUCAUAUAGGGACAGUGCAUUAUCAUCGAGAACCUCCAUCAUUACCAGGGCUGUAUAGAGGGCCGGUCUAUCAGGGAGUCAACCAGCAGCCACCUCCACCCUGUAGUCCUCUGAGUAACAAUCAAUAUGCAUCAUCACCUCUACCCAAUCAGUACCACCAAAGCAGAUCUGGUCACGUGAGAAAUAUGCGACCACAUCCCUCUCAAUCAGAUGUUUUUGGAAACGUUUCUUUAAGACAACCUAGCACAGUUAUAAAGGGUACAGAAGAUGGGACACGUACAGCUAGAGGAAAAACGGAAGCUUCGACUUCAAACUACAUUUCACUUGCAGAGUGCAAUACAACUGAUACUGUUAAUUCAAUGGAAGGAGGUUUCCACAGCGUCAUUAUUGAACCUUCUGAGCAGGUAAUUGACGGAGUUCCAACGCAUUACGAGGUUAACUUAAGGCUCUCAGAAGAUGACCCAGUUAUGUAUACUGGAGAGCUCAAAUGUGUCCCAUCAGUGCCAGAGUUACGCCCGCCAACUGCAGCAUUACACCGCCCGCGAUCUACAAUUUAUAUUAACAAUGCAUACGUUAGUCAGAACAAAAAGACGGUGAUUGAAGGCGUAGAAGAAGCUGACUAUGUAAACUAUAAUCAACCGUUCACAAAAGCUCAGGCAUACAGAAUAGGCAAUGCGGGAUCACCGGGAAGUCCUCCCAUGGGACAAACAUCUAGACCUGUCCGUCCAGUGGGACAGACGUCAACACCAGAGCUGAGGAAAACGUCACAAAGUGAUACAGAAGACAAAGCUCCAACUGAGCACAGAUUGAGUCGAGGCUUGUACUCCAGAAGGGAGCUGGCAUCAUCUGGGAAAAUUGGUGGAGGGAGGAUGUGGAAAUCAGCGGCUAACUUAACAGAGAGUGUUCCCGCCGUCAGACCUAAGGAGGGCAGUGUAAUGUGUUCAAAGUUUACCUGUAUAUCAGAAGGUUUCCAUCCGGACAUUGAAGACGACAACGAAAAAGCUCACAUCAAAGAAUGUCUUCACAAUAAGGGAAAGAGUGGAAACUGGGUAAUGUUGACUCUACAGAAUCAUCCCGUGAACAGGUAUUGUCUUGAGGUUAAAUACCAGGAUGACGUUCUGUCCUUCCCCGUGAUGCUGACUCGCAAGAAAAAAUACAAAAUCGAUCCCUCUCGAAAGGGUUUCAAGUGUCUAUGCAAAUUGAUUGAGUUUUACAAGAAAAACAAACUUCCAUCGUGCAAUGUUAAUCUCGGAAGUCCUUUCCCUAAGUCCUCAAUCCCACCGACUGAGGCGGAGGCCGACUGUAGUGAUGAGGUUAUAAGGCAAUAUGCUGGCAUCAGGUUAUAAAAAUGCAAUGUAUUCUUACACUGCCUACACCAAAUUUAGAAAUGUUCGUUUCCAAGUUUCAAUUUCUGUUCUAUUUUCACAACUUUUUGCUUAAUAAAUUUGCCAGAAUUCAUUUAAUAUGUUUGCAUUUUACGAGAGCAUUAUUUGAAAUCUAAAAUUAAACGGAAGACUAAUGUUUCUUAAAAAUCUUUAAUGUUUAUACUCAAAUGGUGUCAGAGUUUCGGGGAAAGAUUUUUGUAAACUUGUAUUGAUUGAUCCCCCACAAGAAAAAAAUGUAUAUUAUUUAAAGAGAAUUACAUGUACAUUUACUUAACUUUUUUAUAUUUAGAAAAUAUAUUUUGUGCAGAGGUACACUGGAUGUUGCUUAUUUCAACACUAACUAAGAUAUACUGAUACUAGUAUAUACAAUUCUCUUGUAUUCUGUGAUACAUAAAUCAAAUAUUGUUGUCCUUGUUUUGUUUUAUCAAAAGUAUGCCGAAUUUGGAAUAAAUUCUCAUGAAAAUUG